AUGUCGUGUACCUUGCAAAGGCAUUGUCCACCCCCUUUACAAUCUUCGCCCUCUUGUAUAAUUAUCAUUGAUCUUCACUUCGCCGUUGUUCAUUCAUUAGAUAUCCCGGAUUUGCAGAUCCUCACCCAGGAAUUAAUGAGGGCUGAAGAUGAGUCUGAUGGAUCAUCGUCAUCUGGAAAGUCGGAGGAGGAAUCUCCUCAAUCCCAAAAAGAGCAAUAUUCGAAUAUGCAAAAGAGUAUCCUGAGGUUGGAAGAAAAGUAUUCGAAGUUAGAAGCUGUUCUCAACCGAGUGAAUGCUCCCUUGAAUUUUGAAUUGAACACUGAAUUGAACACUGAAUUGAAACCUGGUUCGCAGGCCGGUUUGAAAGCUGAAUCGAGAGUUGAAUCAAAAGCUGAAUCGAAAUCUGAAUCAAACGAUGGUUCGGUACUUGACUGGAUCAUUUUAUUAGCAUCUUGGGUUGUUAUUUUAGCCCUUUGUGUUUGUGGUUUGUCUGUUUUUCUUUAUUGUUUUUUGUAUUUUGUGCUUUUUUUAGGUUACUGGAUGGGACUUGUCCUGGAUGUUGUCGCCCGAACGGCUCCCGAUUUCUUGAUACCACGCUAG